ACUAGCCGCUUCGCAUCGCAGCGCCAUGUCUGAUGAUGCACCCACGCCCGCCUUUCCCUCCACCGCGACGCAGAAGCUGGAGAUCUUCAAGAAGGCCAGCGAAGUUUUUCGCAGAAUGGAGGAGCUCACUGAUGACGACAUCAGGGUGCUGAUGAGAUCGUCGGGCGCAUCGCAAUGCCGGCGACUUCUGGGGAUAGGCCACAACGCCUUGCUGUCUCUCGACGGUCAGUACCGCCAGCGCAUCGCGGCGAGAGAUGCGGCUCUGAACUACGCCAAGGUGCCUCCUCUUCAAGUGGUGGACAACAUGCUCCCGCGCCCGGUGCCGAAGGAGGACCCGCCUCUCCCUCCUCCCAAAGCGGCACCGCCUCGCGCCGCCACGCAAGCGAAGCCAGCCAAGCCGACACAGGCGGCAGCCAAGAAGUCCGCACAGCCAGUGGUGGUGAAGCGCCCGCCGGUCAUACCGCAGGUCGACCCCUUGGCGGCAGUCUUCACGGAGCCCUUUGUCGACUCGGUGGCGGCCGACGUUGACCUCAUGGUUUACCGGACUGAGCCGCCCAAAGAGGAGCCGCAGGUGCAAGCAGCUCCGCCCCGCCCCGAUGUCGGCAACAUGGACUACCUGGACAUGAUCGCGCCCGACCUCGAGUUCCACAUGCAGGCCGCGCCCGCCUCGCAGCCCGGCCUUCCACCAGUGCCAGGCUCGUCCCUGGCCAGCUCCGAGGAUGGAGACGCAAACAAUGACCAGCUGAUCGACCUCGACACGGACAGCGAGGAGGACCCCAUGGACGACCCCGCGGAGCAGGACCAAGGGGACGACGACGAUGACGACGACCAAGGGCCGCCUCGCAUAGUACAGAGGUCUGUUUUGUGCACCGCGCCUGUCGCACCGCCGUGGGACUCUGGAGCUGCUGCCUCGUCAGCGGCCACAGUGGGCGACACGGAGCAGGGUCAGCAGGACGCAGCGGGGUACGCAGCGACAACGGGUGACACCACGGGUGUGCAGACAGCUCCAGUGCAGGACCCGCCCGUCGCACCCGCCCCGCAGACCAGCUGGCCACCUCCUGACCUGGUCGCACGCGAAGCCCGCCGAGCUGCUCGCAGACAGCGCGAAGUGGAUGCAGAGGCCCGCUGGGCGGAUGAGCCCGACCCAUGUAACGUGCUCCCGAACGAGACAAGCACGAUAUGGUCGCUCCCGCAAGGUGUUCCUGAGCAGCCGGUGCCUUCGCGCUACGCCGACUCGCGAGUGCACGGCUUUUGCAACCUCGGUUGUGAAACACCGAAACGGCACCGCACCGACGUGUGCUUAGGACACGCUGAGAUCAGUGUCCGGGUGCCACAUGUUUUCGUGAUCUUCCUCGCCUCGCGGAGCGCCGGUGUAAAAGACAGGUACUCAGCCGACUUCCAUGUCCACACGCAAGACCAGCUGCAGGCCGCAGCCGCCAUGUCGUGCUAUGACUUCACAUGUUUCGACGCCCUUUUUCGCGUAUGCGCGGACGCGGGACUGGGUGAUGAUGUGGUUAACAUGCUAAGCGAUGAGCUGAUUGAGAACAUACAGCACGCCGCGCAAGUCCAGGCACAUGUCUCGCCCGAGCUCGCAUCUCACAUCGAGACAAUUUUGCUUUACUCUGGCUACAAGGAAGCACAGGCCGCCCAGUCAGCACCGACUCAAACACGGAGUGACCUGCCGCAGAUUCGCACAUCGGCGGGGGGUAUGCUUUCUCGCGCCAUCGCAGCGGCCAAGCCAGCCAACGCUGAGAGGGCCUUGCAGGAUUUCCGAGACAACAUCUACGCCCGCUCCGCUCGGGCUCCUCUGGACGCUCGUUGGACAACUUGGGCCAAGAUCUGCGCCUCUUGGGGCCGAGAGCCAGUUCCUCUCACCCCAGAACUGAUUGAGUUGGUCGGCACCAGUUUUCGCUUCGGCGGAUAUCGGAGCUCGGCGCAGUACUUCUCUCGAGCACGGAAGGAGCACAUAAAGGUCACUGGCAUGCCCGUCCCGGCGACGGUCGAGAUGGCGAUACGCGACGCCAUCCGCUCCAUUGAACGAGGCAUGGGAGCCACGGCCGUCAAGGACGCCUUCCGCCUCGAUGCGCUCGACAUCGAUCUCGAAGGAGUUCCGAAACACACUGCCUUCGCCCACGGAAUGGUGGUGCUGGGGACAUGGUUCCUCUGCCGCGAGAUUGAGCUCGCAGGACUGCGAGUCAAACACAUGGUCAUCGACACUGAGUCGAAACAGGUGACGCUCACGCUCGCCGCCAGCAAGACUGACACAGUUGGCCACCUCGUGCAGCGCAAGCACUCUUGUUACUGCGGCAUUGUUCCGGAGACCCUGUGCCCUUACCACGCAGCGCUUCGCAUAGCGGACGAGAUCCAUGGUGGCCCUGACGACUUCCUCUUCUCCGAGUUCCCCGACGAGCCGCUCAGCAAGGCCCGGACCAUCGAAAUGAUCCACGAGGUACUCACUGCAGCAGGCAUCGCAUUGCAUCGCCCCGGAGCAGCUGACGAAGCCGAGGUCAAUCGCUUCGGGGGACACUGCUUACGAGUGUCAGGGGCACAACACCUGUGUCGCAUGCGCAUCCCAGUGUCGACCAUCAUGCUGUUGGGCAGAUGGGGAAGCCGCGCCAUCGAACGCUAUGUACAGGACACCGAAUUGGAGGACAUCGUCAUGAUUGGCACCAAGAGACCUUCCGUCGCAGAAGCCCGGAGCUCCGAGACGCAGAGCGACUCCCCCGACCGCACCAAGUGGACCCUCGUGCCGGAGGAGCAAAGCGCGGCAUCAGACAGCGCCGCGCCUACAGCCAAGAAGCCCAGAAUGAACGCAGCGCAGAACGACGUCGCAGUCUCUCAGCUCAUGGGGCAGCUGGAUGCCAUAGCAGACCGCCUGGAGCAUGAUCAGGAGCGGCCCGACCUCAUUGUCAAGAAGAAAGCUCACGCCCGCGACGCAGAGGAAGCCACGAGGCCCCCGAUUCGUUGGAGGGCCCGCUGUGGGUGGGCCUAUGGCUACUCACGAUUCACCCGGGCAGUCGAUAACGGGUCGCACGUGCUGUGCAGGAAAUGUUUCCCGGAAUCAGCUCCGAGCUCAGUCGCCCCGCCUCCGACGGCGGCCAAGACAGGAUCUGAGACCGAGUCAACGGCCAUUGUCUCGGCAGCUGGCGCAGGAGAAGAUCUUCGAAAGUACAUCGAAGACCUUGGCAUCUCCUCCGUCGGGGUAUUCGGGGAGCUAGGAGAAACGAUCCAGGAGUUUGACGAAGCCGUGGUGGAACCCCUUCGCAAGCCCUACAAGCUCAGCGAUGGCAACAUCAUGGAGGUGCUGUCCACCGACUUUCCAGUGACUCGCGCUCGCCUGCGCCACGUGUGGAAGAAGUGCCGUGACGCCUCUGCGGCCACACCUUCGGCAGCGCCAGCCGCACCGACUACAGGCAGCACCGCCUCCGCCUCUUCUUCCAAGAAGGAACUUCCCGCUGGCUAUUGGCAGGCACAAGUCAAGAAGUUCGAGUCUGUAACGAUCAAAGGCAUAGCAAGGAGAUUCCCGGAAACCUUGCUCCUUGGCGCGGAGGCCACUUUGGCUCGCAUCGUAUUCGACGCUAAGAGCUUGCAGCACAACGCCAUACCCCUCGAGGAGAUCGUCCAGACUCGCCACUUCAAAGCCUCAGGCGAGCCCAACAACCUCAGCACUGCCAAGAAGCGCUCGCGCAGCAACGAGGUGACCACGCUCGUCCUCAACUCCGACUUGCAACUCGAGACCGAGCCUGAGGACCGAUGGCGUCCGCAAUCGCAGACAGCACUUCUCGACUGUCUGCAGGCUAUUCACAUGGCUCUAGUCUUCGUGGAGUACGCCCCCGAGCACGAGCUUGACAAGUACUUCGAGUGGUGGCAACGAUUGGUGCGCAGCCGCCCGAACAAGAUCGAGCAGCUCAAGAUACACUGGGAGAACACCGCGUGGCGCAUAGCUCUCGCGCUUCGGAAAAGCACUCCCUUCAACGACGUCGCCUCCGAGAUCAUGACCGACAGCCAGUCGCUUCAGGAGACAAUGAGCAAGGAAGUCGCCGUGGAGCGACCAACGAAGGAGGACGUGGAGGAAAAGGUCAACAACAAGUUAGGGAUUGGCAGCCCUACCGCCCCAGCAAAGGCAACGGGAAAGGAUGGGGACGCGGUCGUGGUCGUGGCCAACAGCAGUGGCGACAGCAACGCUACCAACGCCAGAACGAGGACGACCGAGAUCAGUGGCGCCGACGAGAGGAUGAUCGCAGUCGCGGCUCCGACCAGCGCAACUGGAGGUCGUGGAACCACAAUGACUCCACACGCCGUGAGCACCGCGACCAUGAAUAGGGACAGCACGGGCCAUCCCCUGGGGGUGGUCACAACGAGAGACAAGACCACCGCCGUCGACUUCGUGGUCCUCAGCUUCUUCGACGGCCUCGGCACCGCCUUCCUCGUGUGCGACAACCACUGCAAGGCGAAGGGACUCAGCUGGAGAGGAGCUUCUUGGGAAAUCGAUGAGGACCUAGUGAAGCUCGGAAUCAAGCACUUCCCUGACGUCUUGACUCGCGGUGACUUUGAGCAAGAGACCGCAGAAUCGCUGUCAGAACUUGUGCAACAGCUAGACCCUUCUCGCUCAGCCCAGGUGGUCAUCGCUGCCGGACCUCCGUGUCAUGAUUUCUCACGCAUACGACAAGACGCGCCAGGACACGAAGGCACCGAAGGCUCCAAGUUCACACGCUUCGCCAAGCUCAUCGUUGACCUAGAAAAGCUAUGGAACCGCAGCCGAGCCACCCUACUCGUGGAGAAUGUCAUCCCCCAGAACCGCGCCGACAUGCGCAAGAUCGAGAAGCUUCUCGACGCGCCCGCGGUCGUGCACGACUCGGCUGACUUCGGAACCAUCUCCAGACCGAGAGUCUGGUGGUGUCGGAUACCCUGGUCCGAAGUGGCGCACCGCAAAGACUGUCCGCUCUCGAUGCGCUGGACCAGCACGCAGGGGAUACCCAGAGUUCACUUCGAGGUCCCCAAGGACGAUACACAGACGUGGGACACACAAGGCCUCGCCCUUCCACGCUGUCUCACCGAGGAGAUGAAGCCACUCCCAUGCCUUACUACGCCCUCAGACGACCCCAACGGUCGCCCGGCACCACGAAGUGCAAAAGGGAAGAUCAGCAGCGACGCCACGCAACGCUGGAUGGCCGACAAGAAGAAGUACGCCCCGUGGCACUACGAGUCGGGAGUCAUGAUGACAGACGGACAAGGCCGCUGCGUCAUACCGCCCGCAUCAGUGAAAGAACAAUUCCAUCACCUGCCAGUUGGAUGGACACGAGACCUACAUGACCACGCUCGACACAAAGCCUUAGCUAACGGAUGGCAUGCAGGAGCAGCUCGCCUCAUCUUCAUCAUGGCCGUCUUCGCAGCUACAGUGCCGACUCCCUCAGCAGAGCUGAACCCUCUGGGUGGCACCGCCAUUGACAUCACGGCUUCGCUGUGGCAGGGCAAGCCCCCGCUCAUGGGCCCCGGCCUUGACGACUACGACGACUUCGACCUUUCCUACCUGGACGAUCCAACAGAACACUGGAAGCGGUCGCGCAUCAUGCCACACCCCGACUUCCGCGACGCCGCCCUGGAGCCUGGCUUGGAACAAUGGUUGGAAAUUUGGAGACGGAUGCGCCUGCACCUACCCGACCUACGACACGCAGUCGUCGAGCAAAUCGAGGAGAUGGUCGUCGACAUGAGCGCGACGACAGACCGAUGGUUCUCUUCACUGAAGCCCCACGUCCAGAAAGCGUACUACAGCCAACAACGGACAUGUUCGUUGCAGCUACCGGUCCUGCGCAUCAUUUGUGAAAGGUUCGGUUGGCAGGACCCCGACAUCUUCGAUGAGCUCACUCGAGGCUUUCGGCUCCUGGGGCCGAUAAACCCAGGACUUGGUUGGCGCAAGCGCAAUGAUCUCCGCUACGCCAACCCGUUGCAGUUUAACGACUUCAUUGACAAGAACGAACGCUAUGUGUGCGACAAACUUCGCAGAUCAAGAGUCGACCCGUGCUGGGAACAGUUGGCGAACGAGAUCGCAGAGGACGUUCGCCUCGGACGCAUGGAAGGCCCUUUCACAAGUCCGACUACCUGGCCCAAGACAGCGGUUCCCCUCGCAACGCACGCACACACAAGCAGACUUCUACCAGGCCCCGAAGCACACAAGCCGACUUGCUUCGCCUUCGCAGUGCACCAGGUUGGCUCCGACAACAAGCCCAAGGUACGCAGAGCUGAAGAUUGGAGGAGGUCCUUCGCCAAUGCUACGGUGGGAAUCUCCGACACGCCCCCAUACCAUGAUGUCUCAGCCUAUGUCCGCCUCGCAGUCGCGAUCAAAAAGGUCGACCCUUCAGCGAAGCUUCUGAUAUGGGGCCUCGACCACGAGUCCGCCUACCGCCAGCUAGCAGCGGAGGACCCGGACCACACUUGGGUGGUGCUUCCCACGCCACACGGCAUAACCUUAUGGAGACACACAGUCUUGAUGUUUGGGUCAGUUGCGUCAGUGUGGUCUUACUGUCGCGUCGCAGACCUCAUGUCAUGGCUUUGCCGUGCAUGUCUGUUGACGCCGGCGUUGCACUUCGUCGACGACUUUGGCAGCUGCGAGGACGACAAGCUCGCGCACUCCUCCUUUGAGUACUCGAAACGCCUUUGCCGUGCACUGGGUUUUUCUUUUAAGCAAUCUAAGGAGCAGCCGCCGGACCAUUCGCAAGUCAUCCAAGGUGUGGACAUAUCCGUGCACGCAGACUACGUCAUGGUGCAGGGCACGUCCUCGCGCCGCCAACGACUUGACGCAGACCUGGUGGCGGUCCUAACAGCUGACAGACUACCGCCGAACGAGGCGUCCAGCUUAGCGGGAAAACUCCAGUUCUUCUGCCAAGCCCUGAUGGGCAGGUCUCACGCAGCAGCUUUGAGGCCACUUUUCGCUCGGGCCAAACAGACAGGCCACGGCCGUGACCACUCCGAGUGGAGAUUGAACGACCAGCUUCGCCAUGGCAUCGGCCUCAUUCGCUGGAGCCUACAUCACGCCUCGCCGAGGCAGCUGAUGUUCCGAGAACAACCUCGAUCCGUGAUUUACGCAGACGCCUUCUUCAACCUCUUCGAGAAGGACUGGAAGCCUUCGGACGAGGACAUACCACAGUGGGGAAGGACACCACCGGAGACGCUUCGCAACGGUUGGGGUUUCGUGGCCACUGCCCGCGGCCAAACGUUCUACGCCGCAGGCCGAGUUCCCCACUGGUUUGUUCGGGAAUUCGCAAGCCGCAGAGCCUACAUCUACAUGCUCGAGAUUGUUGCUCAAAUCCUACCGCUGCUCGUCUUGCAUGACCGCAUCGACCAGCACGUGAUCAUGUUCGUGGACAAUGAACCAGCUCGCCACGCUCUGUCGAAGGGCUUUGGCAAGGAUGAGUCGAUCAACAGACUGCUCCAACACAGUUGGCGCUACAUGGAGGGGAUCCAGCUUCGCCCCGCCUGGCAGCGAGUCACUUCUUCGGCCAACGUGAGCGACGCAGUCAGCCGCGGUGACCUUCGCCACGCUCAAGCUGAAGGUUGGACCUUGGUCGAGGAGGACUGGGACGCAGUUUUCGAAG